UGUUUGGUAGUGGUGGUGGAACCUGAUAAACUUGUAUGCGUUCAGUUCUUCAGUUUUCAGUUUUCACGAUUGGACAAAACGCAACAGCUGAAAUUAGUAGACCGUUAGUCUCGACUAGUUAUUCGUUAGUUUCGUCAGAGUUAUGGGUCACCACCACUACCGUUGUAGUGUAAUGUAUUAGCCAGUCACAUAACCAACUCCAAUCUUCGUAAUUAUUAUUACACAAAUUACGUAUGUCUGUCUGUUCAGUACAAAUAUCCUAGUUUCUCAUUUUGUGUAAAAAAUGGCUCCAGUUUUGAGCAAAUAUGUAUCUCAAAAAAAUGCUAUAAUCGGCAGUGCCGUUGCUGGAGUGCCUUUAUUAUAUUAUCUGUUAAAGAAAUAUGCUCUGAAGAACAAAAAGACUGUCAAGAGGAGAGCUCCAGAGAAUGACAUAAAAUACCUCAUAGUUGAUAAAUCAGCAGAAGUGAAGAAUUCAAAUCGAGCACACGUCAAUGGACGUUUUAUUAAACAACUCUUUCAUAUUUUGAAAAUUAUUAUCCCUGGCUUUACAUCUCCAGAAUUUGGAUUCCUCUUACUUGUUGCUGCAUCACUAAUAGCUCGAUCUUAUAGUGACAUAUGGAUGAUACAGACUGGAACGGUUGUUGAAACAGCAAUUAUAAGUAUGAAUACAAAAUUGUUUACCCAACAAUUGUUAUACUUUUUUGCUGGAAUGCCAAUAAUUUCUUUGGUCAAUAAUGUGUUAAAGUGGAGUAUUGGAGAAUUGAAGCUUAGACUUAGAACUAGAUUGUCACAUCACUUAUAUGAUGAUUAUUUAAGAGGAUAUACUUACUACAAGAUAAAUAAUUUGGACAACCGUAUAUCAAAUCCUGAUCAAUUAUUAACAGCUGAUGUUGAUAAGUUCUGCGACAUGUUCGCUGAUUUAUAUUCCAAUAUCUGUAAACCAUUUUUAGAUAUUGUGAUAUAUGUUUACAAAUUAACAUCUACAUUAGGAUUUGAAACUCCUUCUGUAAUGCUGGGUUAUUUGAUGAUAUCUGGAUUUGUUCUAACUUAUAUUCGUAGACCAACUGGUAAAAUGACUGUGAUGGAACAAAAAUUAGAAGGUGAAUACCGAUAUAUUAACUCUAGGUUAAUCACAAAUUCUGAAGAAAUAGCCUUUUACAAUGGUAAUAACAGGGAAAAGCUUACUAUGUUAGCGUCGUUUAAUAAACUAACAAAUCACUUAAGAAAAUUCCUUGAAUUCAGAGUGUGCAUGGGUUUUUUUGAUAAUAUUCUUGGAAAAUAUAUUGCUACAGUUGUAGGAUUUUAUGCUGUUAGUAUACCUUUUAUGAACCGUAAUUCAUCUUUAGCCAACCUUUCUCAAAAUGAACGUUUUCGAAAUUACUAUACAAUGGGUCGUAUGUUGGUAAAAUUAGCUGAAGCUAUUGGUCGCUUAGUGUUAGCUGGCCGUGAUAUGACACGUUUAGCUGGAUUCACUGCUAGAGUUACUGAAAUUAUGACUGUUUUAAAUGAUCUUAAUAAAGGACACUAUGUAAGGACUAUGCUGACUGAUAAUGAUGUAUUGAGAGAAAAGAAGCUUGUACCAAAUUCUGGUCGUAUUAUAACUAAAGAUAAUGUUAUCAAGUUUGAUAAGGUGCCUCUUAUAACGCCUAAUGGUGAUAUACUAGUUGAGGAGUUAACAUUUGAAGUUACAUCAGGCAUGAAUGUGCUAGUAUGUGGUCCAAAUGGUUGUGGAAAAUCAUCUUUAUUCAGAAUACUUGGUGAAUUAUGGCCUCUUUUUGGUGGAACUUUAACAAAACCUCCAAAGGGCAAACUUUUUUAUAUUCCACAGAAACCAUAUAUGACAUUAGGUACAUUAAGGGAUCAAGUUACAUAUCCUCAUACAAAGGAAGAAAUGCAGCGUCGUAGAAAAACUGAUGUAGAUAUUGCUAAUCAUUUAGAACGUGUACAAUUAUCGUAUUUAUUGCAAAGAGACCAAGGUUGGGAUACUGUUGCUGAUUGGAUGGAUGUAUUGUCUGGUGGAGAAAAACAACGAAUUGCCAUGGCUAGAUUGUUCUAUCAUCAACCACAAUUUGCAAUAUUAGAUGAAUGUACAAGUGCAGUUAGUGUUGAUGUUGAAGGUUCUAUGUAUCAAUAUUGUCGUGAUGUUGGUAUUUCACUUUUCACAGUCAGCCAUCGCAAAUCUUUAUGGAAACAUCACGAUUAUUAUUUACAAAUGGAUGGAAGAGGAUUAUUCCAUUUCAACAAGAUUGAAGCAGACACUGAUGAAUUUGGUUCAUGAAUCUGUGGCUGAUAUAGUUUUAAAAAUAAUUAUGUACAUAUAUAUUACAUGCAUAUGUAAUAAUUUAGUUCAAUCUUGCCUAAUUU